GAAUCAGUUCGUGUUGUGAAUUCGAUCGGCGCGGGUCGUUCCUCCGUGGCAACGCAAGUGACGUGACGUGGUGCUGUGUGCAGUGUACGUACCUACAGAUUUAGUAACUACACAGCGUGGAGUGGUGGUUGGUGUUACACCCGGCCUGCCCAGUCAGUGCUGGAACACAAGAAAUCCAUUCGCGGCUAAUUGGUUUCCGCCUUCCCGCGUCUGCGCGCCACGCUCUCGUUGCAGUUUCGCGCGCGUGUUGAGGUCUCUCGCGUAAUCUCGCAGCUCAAUCGAGCGAUCUGCUGCUCGCUCCUCCACUACUGCAGGCUGGUGCUGGUGGUGUGCGACUGCAUUGUUGGCAUUUCAACGGUGCCAAUCCCUCACGCCAAGGAAGAAACAGCAAACAAUAAGUGGUGCAAUAAAUACUUUUACUUUCAGCCAGCGCAGGUAGUCAUUGAAUCGAAAGGUGAAGUGAGGAUUCUAUCGAAGCAGAAUCGGUUGUUCAAGUGUGUUUGACCAGCGUUAUCAGAUGUGUUGAUCGCGCUGUUCGCUAUCAGCUGUAACAAGAAGGUGUUCAAAAGUGAUUGGAUUUUCGAAUAUACAGUGUCCAAGUGUGGAGCCUUCGACGCGAUGAAUCGAACGACUUGGACUAUUCUGGCCGCUUUGCUGGUACUUUGUAUCAACUACAAUGGGCAAACCGCUGCAAGCAUAGUGACCGACCACGAUCGCGUUGUGGUAUGCUACAUUUCGACGUGGGCCGUCUACCGGAAAGGCUUGGCCUCGUACAGUUUGGACCAUUUCGACCCGAAGCUCUGCACCCAUGCCAUCUACGCGUUCGCCGGCCUGGACGUGGAGCAAAAUGCCAUGAAAUCACUUGAUCCAUGGCAAGACUUGAAAGACAACUAUGGUAAGGGCGGCUACGAGAAGUUGGUCGGCAUGCGUAACUCCAACCCACACUUGAAGGUGUUGAUUGCAAUCGGUGGUUGGAACGAGGGCUCCGAGAGGUAUUCCAAUAUGGCUGCCAAUCCGGAACGACGUCAGGCGUUCGUUAAGAACGCACUGGAAUUCGUGAAACGUUUCGGAUUCGACGGAUUGGAUUUGGACUGGGAGUACCCAACGCAGCGCGGUGGCAAACCUUUCGAUCGGGAGAACUUCGUAUCGCUAGUCAAGGAACUCAGCCAACUGUUCAAGAGAAAUAACCUUCUGCUGACUUCGGCCAUCGGAGCCGGAAAGGACACGAUCGACGCGGCCUACGACAUCAAGAACCUGUCCAAGUACCUGGACUUCCUGCACAUCAUGUGCUACGACUACAACGGGAGCUGGAACAAGAAAAUCGGACCCAACGCCCCUCUACAGAGCCGAGACGUUCUGAACGUUGAGUUCACGAUUGAGCAUCUCUUGGCUCUGGGAGCGCCGUCCAACAAGAUCGUAAUGGGACUGCCGUUCUACGGGCGAACUUUCGUAACCGAAUCCAAACAAGCCCGCAUUGGUGAUGACUCGGAUGACAAGGGUUUCGCCGGACCUUCCACCAACGAGAAUGGCUUCAUGGGAUACAACGAAGUCUGUGAAGCCCUAAAAGCUAACCCCGAUAACUGGACCGUGACUUGGGAUUCGAAAGCUGCAGAAGCCAUUGCCACCCUGCCAGAUGGCGAUAAGACCAAGGUGGUGAUAUACGAUAACACCCGUUCCAUGGCCAACAAGGUGCGCUACGCCAUCCGACAAAAUCUGGGAGGGCUGAUGAUCUGGUCUGUGGACACGGACGACUUCAACGGAGUGUGUAAUCCGGAGAAGGGAACUUUCGACGACUUUGGAGACCGGGAUAAAAUCAAGCUGAAUAUCCCACCUCCGGUUCAGGAGAAGUACAAACUGCUGAGGACGGUUAACGAUGCGAUCGUGGUGGCCAUCGACGAGUUGAAUCAGGAGAACGAGAUUUCCGAUUUGCCCGACGAUGUGGACGAGUCUAAUCAUCACGGAUCGGAAACUGGCGGGUGCAGAGCGGAAGGAUUCAGCUUUGGAGUGAGUGUGUUCAGUGUGACAGUGGCAUUAGUGUUGAGAAGGUUUUUGUAAUGAGGCGAAGAAGCGAAGCCAAGCCUUUAGUGGUUGUACAUUUGUGAAUUAUUUAAGUUGAGAUACUGUAAAUAAAAGUGAAUGCGAUGUGGAA